GUUUGGCUGCGGUGGAAACGGAACAGGUCCCAGACCACACCUCUGUGUAGGCUGGAGAGGCAGCAGGGUGUGGGCAGUGUGCCACCAUGGCUAUAAAUGGCACAGGUUCAUUUCUGAGGGAACAGGUAAAACAAUCCACAUCUCUAACUGCCUGAUCUCUAUUUUUUCAUUACCCACAAUGUUUUCUCUCCCAUCAGGAAGCACACAUCCCUCAGGGUAUGUUGUGGAUCCGAACCAGCCCUCUAACACCCCCAUGACCUGCCCGGGGGGAGAACCUGAGGCACAAGGGGGUGGCAGCAGCCACGGUCACGAUCGGCAACAUGGCGAUGACCGUCGUCAGGGUGAUGACUGCCGUGACAAGAAAGAUCGUGAUGAACAAUGUCAUCGUGGGAGGGAUAGUGACGAUGAGUGUCAUCCCAGGAAGGAUUGUGAUGAUGAGCAUCGUCGCAGGAAGGAUUGUGAUGAUGAGCAUCGUCGCAGGAAGGAUUGUGAUGAUGAGCAUCGCCGCAAGAAGGAUUGUGAUGAUGGGCAUCGUCGCAGGAAGGAUUGUGAUGAUGAGCAUCGUCGCAAGAAGGAUUGUGAUGAUGGGCAUCAUCGCAGGAAGGAUUGUGAUGAUGAGCAUCGUCGCAGGAAGGAUUGUGAUGAUGAGCAUCGUCACAGGAAGGAUUGUGAUGAUGAGCAUCGUCGCAGGAAGGAUUGUGAUGAUGAGCAUCAUCGCAAGAAGGAUUGUGAUGAUGAGCAUGGCCAUGGACGUGGGCGCGGUCAUGGCCAUGGACGUGGUCGUGGCCAUGGGCAUGGCCAUGGUCACGGACAUGGGAAGCACGGUCGCGGUGGCAAACAUGGAGGGCAUUCUGGCAGCAGCGGCAGUUGCAGUGACUAGAGCGACAACGACCUCUAGAGGACAGAGAGGGUACUGCUCCUCUGAGGAUCAUCAAUAAUCAGCUACUCCUGUCCUUGUUUUCAAUUUUACCACAAGGUCAUUCAGCUUUCUAUACCUUGCCUAUGAAGUUUUUUUUAUUUUUUUUAAAAACAGUUCAUUUAGAAACAUUCUCAGAAUGUGAGAUUUUUUCCAUUCACUGUCCCAUAUAUCUUACUUCUUACAAAUAUGUGAUACUUGCAUGCAUAUGCAUGUAUUCUACCCACGGAAAUAUUAUAUACCCUAUGUAUAAACAAAAGUGUGCAGAAGAUUAAAAUAACUUUUCAAAUCAAA